UGACACUCUCUUCAAACCCUAGCAGCAGCUCUGUGUAGCAGACGUUUGAGCUCGAUCGAGAGAGAGAGAGAGAGAGCGUGAGAGAGAGAGAAAGAGAGGGAAAAAAUGGUAUCAGGAUCAGGAAUCUCAGCAAGGAGGAUAGUGGUGGACGCGCGCCACCACAUGCUUGGAAGGCUAUCCUCAAUCUUAGCCAAGGAAUUGUUGAACGGACAAAAAGUAGUAGUUGUUAGGUGUGAAGAAAUUUGCUUAAGUGGUGGACUCGUUAGGCAGAAAAUGAAGUACCUUAGGUUUUUACGUAAGAGGAUGAACACUAAACCUUCUCAUGGUCCGAUUCACUUUCGUGCUCCUUCUAAAAUCCUCUGGCGUACUAUUCGUGGGAUGAUUCCCCACAAAACUAAGCGUGGAGCCGCCGCACUUGCCCGUUUGAAGGUUUACGAGGGUGUUCCACCCCCAUAUGACAAGAUCAAGAGGAUGGUCAUUCCUGAUGCUCUCAAGGUAUUGAGGCUCCAGGCUGGACAUAAAUACUGCCUCUUGGGCAAGCUUUCGUCCGAGGUUGGAUGGAACCAUUAUGAUACUAUCAAGGAACUUGAGAACAAGAGAAAGGAAAGAGCUCAAGUAGCAUAUGAGAGGAGAAAGCAGUUAGCAAAACUUAGGGUUAAGGCCGAGAAGGCUGCCGAGGAGAAGCUUGGUCCUCAACUCGCCAUUAUUGCUCCGAUCAAGUACUGAAGUCUAAAUAUAGCUGUUUGAAUUACAAUUUUGCUGGAGAUUGAUGUUUUGGUUUAAUUUGUUCCUUCUUAGGACACUGUUUUCAGUUUUAACAAUAUUUUUCAUUGAGCAGACAUUUGUGUUUCCUCUAUUAUCAUAUAUUUUGCUACUUAAAGUUAUGGAAGUUUUUGUGAA